GCCGGAGUGACGCAUGCGUGCUAGGAGACGGAGUGCUUUACCAGGACUGGAGAGACAAGUGGAAGUUACUUGAGUUGGGUGAAUCUCCUUACAGCUCAGAAAAUGGUUCUUGGAAACUUGGGACAACUGAGAGUUCCUCUUAUCCUCUGAACUCGGUGUACGCUGCAGUAGAACAGAGAAAGUGCUGCUUUGCUCAGACCCAGAGGACAACGUCUAUCAUGCUGCGGUUUGGCCAGAACCUCAUCAAGCCCUCCGUGGUCUUCCUGAAGACAGAGCUCUCCUUUGCUCUUGUGAACCGCAAGCCGGUGGUCCCGGGCCAUGUUCUCGUUUGCCCUGUGCGGCCGGUGGAGCGUUUCCGUGACCUGUGUCCCGAGGAGGUGGCUGAUUUGUUUCGUACGGCGCAAAGGGUCGGCAACGCAGUGGAGAAACACUUCUGUGCCACCUCACUCACCAUCGCAAUUCAGGAUGGCCCUGAAGCUGGACAAACGGUGAAGCACGUUCACGUCCAUGUCCUUCCAAGGAGGUCAGGAGACUUCAGCAGGAAUGACGAUGUAUACAAGGAGUUGCAGGACCAUGACAAAGAGGAUUCCCCUGACAAGUGGAGGACAGAAGAGGAAAUGGCAGCUGAAGCAGCAGUUCUGAAGAAGUAUUUUCAAGAAAAUUAAAGGUAACAGGCGUGUCUGAAAAACAUCCCGUGACAUAAGGAAGACCUCAUUCUGCAGUUCUCAGCGGCCCAGAGUUGCAGCUGAACGGUUUUAUUAUGUUCUACAAAUAAGGGAUUCUUCCAUGAAAAAUGUUAUUGGACCUUUGGAUAUCAUCAAGGAUGAAUUUCAGCUAAGACGACUAACAGCGUGGAUUCAAAGUACUGCUCUGAGUAGUAAGUCGUAUUUUUCUGAAUUGCGUACUUGGGAGCAAAUCUUUUAAAAUUGUCCCUUGGUCUAAAUUGAAAUAAAGUGCUAGGAUAACUGGAUAGCUGCUGUGUUUAGAUACAUUACAGAGUGUUUACUCACGUUGUGCUUUUUGAGAUUCAGUUAUUGUACGUCGGCUAUUGUAUCAAAGAAAAAUUAGAUCCUUCAGCAGUGUGACAUUUCAUAAAAAACAAGGCUUUGUUGUAGACUAGACAGGAUAAACUUGGAGAGGUACUAUUCUGCCAGAUAAGAUAGCAGAACAAGAAAUUUGUAGCCCCUCUUAAGAUCUUUCCUUUGUCUGUUGUUUGUAAUGCGUUGUCACAAAGGUUUUGGAGCUUAAGGCAAUACAAAACACUUCUGCAAAUCAAUGAAUAUGUAAAGCUGCUAAUGUGAUAGUCAUCGCAUUAGGGUUAGACUGGCAUGAAAGUCCCACUUGCAGCAACAGACAGCGUGAGCAGAAGCCACUCGUGUGGAAUGCUCCCUUGGCAAGAAAUGCUGUGUUCAGAGCCCUGCAAAGGAACGUGCCAUGGGAUAGUCAUUGAUUGCUAACACAUAAUGAAGAAAAAAAAUCAACAGAUGGGGGAAGAAAUGAGUCUGCAAGACAUGCAUGAAAAGAGCACCCGUAGUCUUGAGCUGGGGGGCAGCUGCAGCCAAAGCUUCUGUCCCCCCUGUGCAUUCCGAGUCCUUCAAAAAGAGCCACACAGAAGGGGACGUGUGGUGCAGCGUUUACUUAGAUUCUGGGGGAUUUUAGGGUCAGGUCCAAACCAGAGUCAGGCCGUGCUUUGCGUGCCUAGCAGCGCAGUGUGCUCACUGUUACAAAUGUUCCAAAAUAGUCUGUCCUGUAGAGUCACACUCUGACCUGAAAAAUAUGAAAAUACACAACAGACAAAUGCGUACUCAGCACAUUUUUCCCUAUGUUUUUCCCUGAGUUUCUCUGCACUAUACAGCACAGAGGAAUUCAGCCCAUUGGUUUGAAGCAUCUCUGCUGGUCAAAUGUACAUAGAAACACUAGAGGAAAAUCGCUGAUUUUAAUUCCAGAUUUUACUGCGUUGCUGUUAAAAUGUAGCUUCUGAAAAGCAGGUUUGAUUUAAAAGAUCUACCAUGA